AAAAUAGCUUUGAACACCGUUUUAGUAAUGUAUAAAUAUUUUUUAUCGUAAAAUAAAGAAAAAUAUUAAUUACAAAAAUUUCGUAAAAAUAUAUAAACUAAACGAAAUUAAACUGAUGUCCUUGAAUAUUGAUAAGAGAAAAAGAAAUAGAGAAGAUGACAAUUUUUGCGAUUCGACGCCACUAUCAAAGCGUAUUAACAACUUGCAUAUUAAUAAUUACGACGACCAUACCUAUAUUCCAGAAAUAGCUGUCCUAGAAGAAAAAACUACUGACAACCAUAAAGUAUACUUAAGUCCUACCGCAAGACCAGUUUAUAAUCCAGAAUUGAACGAAAGUCAAAAUCCUUUCUACUAUACGAAAAAUAAAUUAUUGCAUGACUUACAUAUGGAGCGACUCAAAAGAAUUCCCUUUUAGAUGCAAAUAAAAUAUUUUAAAAU